AUGUCCGAGGAGCCGGCCGCCGGCCCCAAGGAGAGCCCGCGGGGCCCCCGCGAGGUGUGGAAGAAGGGCGGCCGCCUGCUGUCGGUGCUGCUGGCGGUGAACGUGCUGCUGCUCGCCUGCACGCUCGUCAGCGGCGGCGCCUUCAACAAGGUGGCCGUGUACGACACCGACGUGUUCGCGCUGCUCACCACCAUGAUGCUGCUGGCCGCGCUCUGGAUCGCCUUCUACCUGCUCCGCACCGCGCGCUGCCCCGACGCCGUGCCCUACCGCGACGCGCACGCGGGCCCCAUCUGGCUCCGAGGUGGGCUGGUGCUGUUUGGGAUCUGCACCCUGGUCAUGGAUGUCUUCAAGACGGGCUACUACUCCAGUUUCUUCGAGUGCCAGUCGGCCAUCAAGAUUCUGCACCCUCUCACCCAGGCUGUGUUUGUCAUUGUCCAGACUUACUUCCUCUGGGUCUCGGCUAAGGACUGUGUUCACGUCCACCUGGAUCUGACCCGGUGUGGCCUCAUGUUCACCCUCAGCACCAACUUGGCCAUCUGGAUGGCGGCCGUGGUGGAUGAGUCCGUGCACCAGGCCGGCUCCCACAGCAACGCCAGCCACGCCCGCCUGGCUCCCGACCGUGAGUGCCACGCCAGAUGCCCCCUGGCCGGAGGAGACUGCCCCUGCGCCACGACCGUCUGCCGGAUCUUCGAGCAGGGCUACUUCUACCUGUACCCCUUCAACAUCGAGUACAGCCUCUUCGCUUCCACCAUGCUCUACGUCAUGUGGAAGAACGUGGGCAGGCUGCUGGCCUCCUCCACCCACGGCCACGGCCACGGCCACCCCCCAUCCCGGGCCAGCCUCUUCCGGGAGACAUUCUUUGUGGGCCCAGUCCUGGGCCUGAUGCUCCUCCUGGUGGGGCUGGCCGUCUUCGUCAUCUAUGAGGUCCAGGUGAGUGGGGACGGGGGCCACACCCAGCAGGCCCUGGUCACCUACUACAGCUUCAACAUCGCCUGCCUGGGGCUCAUGACCUUGGUCAGCCUGAGCGGCUCGGUCAUCUACCGUUUUGACCGCCGGGCCAUGGACCACCAUAAGAACCCUACACGCACCCUGGACGUGGCCCUGCUGAUGGGCGCCGCCCUGGGCCAGUACGCCAUCUCCUAUUACUCCAUCGUCGCCGUGGUGGUGGGCGUGCCCCGGGACACGCUGGGGGCGCUCAGCCUGGCCCACGCUCUGCUGGUGAUCGCCCAGCACACCUUCCAGAACGUGUUUAUCAUUGAGAGCCUCCACCGGGGCCCGCCGGGGGCUGAGCCCCACGACGCCCCUCCCAAGGAACCCUGCCUUACCUUCGCCAACCCAGACGCCCUCCACACUUUGCCAGCCUGCCCACCCACCCCCAGCCUGGAGGGCCCCAGCCUGGAGGGCCCUCAGGAAGCCAUGGCCAUCAUCCUGGCCCCCAGGGCCCACUGGAGACGCCGGUGCCUGAGGGACAUUUCCCUGUUUCUUCUGCUCGGCAACAUCAUCCUGUGGAUUAUGCCUGCCUUCGGGGCCCGCCCCCACUUCAGCAACAAGGUGGAGGUGGACUUCUACGGCUACUCCCUCUGGGCCGCCAUCGUCAACAUCUGCCUGCCUUUCGGCAUCUUCUACCGCAUGCACGCGGUCUCCAGCCUGCUGGAGGUCUACGUGCUGGCCUGA